ACAUAAUCGGCUCACUAAAAGUUGAGAGCUUCAUCUCCUCUGAUAUUUCUUAUAGAGAAGGAAAUGCAGGACGCUGCAGGCAACACAUCAACUCAACUCAACCGGCAAACACGGCGCUCAGCAGGGCGACCUGCUGCUCCCUCACAGCUCGGACAUGGAGAAAUAUGCUCCGAAAUUCAGCAAAGUUCUGCUGACACCUGAUCCACAUUACAUACCGGGGUAUGCAGGGUAUUGUCCGCAGCUGAAGUACAAUAUGGGGAAGUCUUAUGGCCAGCUCACAGCCGAGCUGCUGACCAGUCCUGAGGUGAAACACUCCGAUCAUCUGGUCCUCUAUGCGGGUCACGUCCCCGCCACUGAGUCUGACGCUGGCCUGACACUGAGAAGCCUCUCUGACAGUAACAUGAAGAAGGUGAUACCAGGAUACACAGGUUUUAUUCCAAAAAGUCAGAACUACUUUGCCUGCAGCUACUCUGAAACAUGUCGUAAAGCGCUGUCUGAGUUUUACCAGGAUGGACGUGCAAAGCUGCGGAGACAAUCAGCCGACCUGCCAGCUAUUGUAAACUACAACAACCAACAGUUUGAAAGACCAAGACCCCCCUUGACAGCAAUCUCCAACAAAGCGAUCAGCUACAGGACGUUGAAGUCCUUCAGCUCCCCUGGAAACCCAUACUUCAUGGAUGAUGAUAACCCCCAUAAAUACUUUAUCUCAGGUUUCACAGGGCAUGUGCCAAAAUCUCGCUUCCUGAUUGGCAAAGGUUUCCCAAUCACUACCAACCAGGCCCUGAUUCAGUUUGGGAAGCAGCAGCGGACUGAUCCCACGUCCCAAGGCAUUCCAGGGAGGAAGGAAAGUGCAGUAACUGCCAUGCCCACUAUCUAUCCAUCAAACAGGGGUGUGGUGCCGAAGUUCACAGGACAUAUCCCAGGAUACCAGUUCAUGUAUGGACAUACUUUUGGCCAACUUUCCAAGAAUGCACUAGAAAAGAGCGGCAUCAAGAAGAUACUUCAGGCAAAGUCAUAAAACCAUCUUACACUCCAAUAAAAUGAUCAUUACUGGCAGGGUAAAGUUGUGACGAGAGUCAGAACUUCUCAGGAUGUCCUCACAUUUCCAUGAAAAGCAGUUUGUGCUGGAUUGCAGACGUGUGGCACAUGAAUAAACACUGUUAGCAUACAAGAAGAAGUCUUUAUUGACAGACUUUGAUUGUCACUGGGCAUUAGAGGAAGCAUUCAGAGGUUGAGAAAAUGAC